AUGAGUAGGGGGACUUCUGGGGACUGCAGCUCCUUUGAAGGAGGCGAUGGUGUAGACAGUGAUCGCAUGUAUGGAGAGUUCGUAAUCCCGCCAUAUGCGCUCGACCAUUCCUUAUGGCGAGGACGCCAUGACAUACUGAACAGGUUUCAUAAUGGUUCGCCUGAGACAAACUUUGAGGAGCAGGAGCAGGAGCAGGAGCAGGAGCAGGAGCAGGAGCAGGAGCAGGAGCAGGAGCAGGAGCAGGAGCAGGAGCAGGAGCAGGAGCAGGAGCAGGAGCAGGAGCAGGAGAGCCUCCGCAAUAAUGGCAGGAAGUCGGGAAAUGAGGAUUUGAAAAGACCAGGGAAAGCUCAAAUGAAAGCGGCUGAUCGGGCAACACAGGAUCACAGCGAUGUCGAUAGUUGUGAACUAGGCGGGAGGAGCACGAGACCAAACAGCUUGCAUCAGUAUGCUGAGCAGGGCAAUAUCUUCGAACUUGGAACGCUGCUUGCUAGCUCGCUCUUCGAAGUUGACUAUCUUGACGCCAACGGGAAGGCACCGCUGCACUAUGCGGUGGAAAGAGGACAUGCUCACUGUUGCAAGGCGCUGCUGCGAAGCAACGCAGAUCCCUUGCUGCUGUCAAGAGAAGGAAAGAGCAGCCUCAAGUAUGCUGCAGAAAACUAUAACGCCGAAACGUUUCAGCUGCUUCUCGACGUCCUUCAGGAUGACCAUUUGAGUAGAGAGGCAAACGUUGGCAGGCAUGAAGUGGACGAGGAGGAAAAUUGCAGCCUGAGGGACAUGCGAGUCACAGCACGAGACGGCAUGAGCCUCUUCACAAAGCUACACCAUCUUUCAUACGAAUGA